UGAUGGAGCUCCAUUUCAGCGGGGCUUCUUUAACGCAACCCGACAGGACUCUAUUUGGAAGACCCAAGAGAAGGCACUUCCCUUUUCCGCCCGAAAAAUGUCAAAAUUGAUAGCAUCGUCCUUCCUUGUAUCUCUAUUAUUUCUACUUCAAUUUUCUUCUCCAGUAUUCUCUAUCAGGAAGGAUGUUAGUCUUCAAAGCACAUCUACCUGUAGAACUACCGUUCAAGGAAGAUAUUUGAUUGCCGAUGAUAUGGGUCAAGUCUGUGAUGCACUCUCCAUUGAUCCCCAUUCUCGCUGCUGCCGUGGGAAAUCAGAGCGAUUCUCUUGUAAUGGUUGCAAUCUCGUUUUACAAUGUUGCAAUUCCUAUGAAUUUUGUGUUUCUUGCUGUUUGAAUCCGUCCAGGACACAAAAGGAUCUGGCUGUAAUUGUGAAGAUAUCUAAGCCGAUAACAGCAGGGAUGUAUUCGAGUAUUUUUGAUUUUUGUACGGGAAGAUGUCGUCAUAAUUCGGAAAGUGUGGUUCAUGAAAAUGCUUAUCUAAGUGAAUUUCAUCAUUGUUUCUCUAUACCGUCUAAUUCUUCUUCUGGCGGUGCUUCUGGUGUACAAACUGAAGUGAGGUUGGCUGGUAUAAAUGUUGUGAUAGGAAAACAAGGUGAAUCGUGUGAUUCGGUAUGUAAAUCAAGUGGUCAGUCUUGUGUUCCUAAUAAAUUUGUGUUGCUCAAUCAGUGUGAAACGAUGCAUAAGUACUUGAGCUGUAAAGGUGGAUGUUUGGCAAGUGUUGGAGCUGAUCAGCCUGCUGAAGUAGUUGAUGAUGCUCCCAGAGAUCUGAACCCUGGAGCCUGCUUGUACACCUCGCAAGCAUCAGUGCUAUCUUGUGAUGGUUCGCAUCAGCAUACCAAGAGGCUGUGCCCCUGCGCAUAGUGUGAGUAGGGGAUGAUGAAGAUUGCUCUCUGCAUCAUUUGAAUGUCAGUGGCUGCCACCAAAUUGGGGAUGCCCUGAAUCCAGUUGCUUGGAUGUGAGUGUUCUCCAGGAUUGGGGGAUAUGGCCUUGGUGGAACUAGGUGAAGGAUGUCCCUUGAUGAUGGAUACUGUGAUGUUGCUCUGUCGUCAAAUAACAAAUGAGUUUAAGUUAUUAUGUGAACAAGUGUACCUUGUCGGAAACUUGCCACCCGGUCUAUUUCCCUGAUGUUAAUGCUACUGGAAUAGCCAUGGUGAUAGCGAGCUGCACAAAUAUAAACAAGGUUCUUGUAGAGAAGUGUGGAAAGUGAGUCCAAGGACCAAAAGGAGAGAAGGAUCCAUCAUCAUUCAUCUCCUAUUUCUGUAUUGAACUGUACAGACUAUUGUGUUGGAUUGCCCGUUUAAGAUGAAAAUUUCUCCGCCGUAGAACAGUCCUAGUAUUGUGUAGGUUCAUACAAUUUGACCCACUCAUGAAGAUGAUGAAUGUC